AUCUCGGACCUCUUCUCGUCUUCAACAUUCAUUUUCUUCUUUAAUCUGUUAAUCGACUCUGCUCAGCCAUCAAACCCUAACCCUAAUCAUAAGUUUUCAAUUUAAACCCCAAUCCCAUUGUAUCAGUUUCGACAAAAUUCCACUGUCGUUUUGGUCUUCAAGGUUCAUUCUUCUGAAAAGUUGGCAAUUUCAACCACGAACCGGGUCAGGGUGCGCUGGUAGGGCAUAUGACGAACGAGGUUAUUGGAACAACGAAUCGAUUGCAUGGGUUUUAGAGAAUGCCGGAGCUUCGUAGUGGAAUGCGACGUGGCCGUGUCCAGAAAGAGUCGGAACCGGCGAAGAAGGACGUGAAGACUCGUGCGGCAGCAGCGGCGGUGGCGAAGGGAAGACCGAGGACUAGAUUGACGGCGAAGAAAUUGGAGGAGCCUGGGAAGCCGUUGAUCGUGAUAUCGGAAGAGAAGAAGGAAGAACGUGUAGGCGUCAUGGGUGAUGAAAAUGGUGGGGUGAAUGCUAAUAAGGCUGAGGAUGAUGCCAACACUUCACCUUUUCCCGAUAGGGUUCAAGUAGGAGGAUCGCCUAUGUACAAGGUAGAGAGGAAACUGGGUAAAGGUGGAUUUGGUCAGGUUUUUGUUGGCCGUCGUGAACGUGCUACGGGUCCUGGAGCUACGGAGGUGGCUCUAAAAUUUGAACAUAGAAACAGUAGGGGCUGUAAAUAUGGUCCUCCUUAUGAGUGGCAAGUAUACAACACCCUUGGUGGCAGUCACGGAAUACCUAAAGUACACUAUAAAGGAAGACAAGGAGAAUAUUAUGUAAUGGUUAUGGACAUGCUUGGUCCAAGUUUGUGGGAUGUCUGGAAUUCCUCAAGCCAGACGAUGUCUGCUGAAAUUGUCUCAUGUAUAGCUGUUGAGUCCUUAUCAAUACUCGAGAAGAUGCAUUCAAGAGGAUAUGUACAUGGAGAUGUAAAACCAGAGAACUUUUUACUAGGUCAGCCAGCUACAGCACAAGAGAAGAAAUUGUUUCUUGUUGACCUUGGAUUAGCAACAAAAUGGAAAGACUCCUCCAGCGGACAGCAUGUUGAAUAUGAUCAACGACCUGAUAUGUUUAGAGGUACAGUUCGAUAUGCUAGUGUUCAUGCUCAUCUGGGGAGAACUGCUAGUAGAAGGGAUGAUCUUGAAUCUCUUGCAUACACACUCAUCUUCCUUCAGAAGGGGGGAUUACCAUGGCAAGGUUAUCAGGGCGAUACCAAAUCCUUCCUUGUUUGCCAAAAGAAGAUGGUAACAUCUCCUGAGAUGCUGUGCUGCUUUUGCCCUCUUCCUUUUAAGCAAUUUCUUGAGAUUGUGGUGAAUAUGAAAUUUGAUGAAGAGCCUAACUAUUCCAAGCUAAUAUCUUUGUUUGAUGGUAUUAUUGGACCCAAUCCAGCAUUGCGGCCAAUCAAUACUGACGGUGCUCAAAAGGUUGGGCAAAAGCGGGGUAGAUUGAAUAUUAAGGAGGAAGAUGAUUCACAACCCAGAAAGAAGGUUCGGUUAGGGGUUCCUGCUACACAAUGGAUUUCAGUUUACAAUGCAAGAUUACCAAUGAAGCAAAGAUAUCACUACAACGUAGCUGAUACAAGAUUAGCACAACAUAUUGAGAGAGGAAUUGCUGAUGGCCUUCUUAUUAGUUGUGUGUCUUCUUGUUCCAAUCUUUGGGCCCUUAUUAUGGAUGCUGGAACUGGUUUUACAUCUCAAGUUUACAAGUUGUCACCUUUUUUCUUAAACAAGGAAUGGAUCAUGGAGCAGUGGGAUAAAAACUACUACAUUACUUCUAUUGGAGGGGCUGAUAAUGGCAGCUCUCUUGUGGUGAUGUCAAAAGGUACGCAGUAUACUCAACAAUCAUACAAAGUAAGUGAGUCUUUCCCCUUCAAAUGGAUAAACAAGAAGUGGAGAGAAGGUUUUUAUGUCACCUCAAUGGCUACUGCUGGAAGUCGCUGGGGUGUUGUCAUGUCUCGCAAUGCUGGAUUCAGUGACCAGGUGGUUGAGCUUGAUUUUCUCUAUCCAAGUGAGGGUAUCCAUAGACGUUGGGAUAAUGGUUAUAGGAUUACUGCAACUGCAGCUACAUGGGAUCAAUCUGCACUUAUAUUAAGUAUUAUGAGACGCCAGCCUGUCGAUGAAACUCAGGAAACUGUACGUACAUCUCAAUUUCCCAGUAUGCAUAUUAAGGAAAAAUGGUCCAAAAACCUUUAUCUUGCCUAUUUGUGCUAUGGGCGCACAGUAUGCUGAUUUCUUUACAGGUUUAAGCAGUUUAUUGACAAAGGAAUUAUGUCAGCUGCCCAGUCAUACAGGAUCUUUUUGUGAAGGCUAUUGUGUCAGCAGAGAACCGUAUUGUUCUCGGUUACAUAGAUUAUUUAGUUCUCUCCCCUUCUAUUAUAUACUCUACUUUGGUUGGGAAUUUUUCAGAGGAUGUAUGUAGUUUAGCUUUAUAUGUUCCGCCGUUAUGUAUAUGCAGGUUUUAUAGAUUAUUCUUUCCGCCUUCUGCGUUGCGUGGGAUCUUCUUUUGAAAAGAGACCAAAGAUAUCUAUAUAAUCAACUCAAGUGUGGUCCUCUUCAAAUUGGUUCGCAAAUUCAGUUACAAGUUAGAACUGUAUUUGGUCUCCUUUAAUAAAGGAGUCGGAGAAUGGAGUUCUUUCUGUGAUGAAACAACACACUUGUAUAGUUCGUUUCUUUUUUCCGGUGACUUCAUAAAGCAACAAGAACAAAGCUCAGUUGGUCUUGAUUUGAAAUUUACAAUUUUUAAUGAUAUUUGCUGUUGGUUAUUUGGCAUUCCUCAUUCUUGAAGCAUCUAUAUAGUUCAAAUUCAACGUAACCAAUGCUGUAUAUUCGCCAACCAAAUUUUGUUUGUUUGAUUUUAAGUUGAGUAGGUUUAUUGUAAAAAAAAAAUAUUUUUUUAAGCUGUUGUGGACUGAGAAAUGUGCUUAAAUUAAAUUGAAAUAUAUUCUUAU